GAUGGGGUGAUCGAAUAAAUUCGAAAUCAUUGUUUUAUUUUAUAUUCAUAAAUUUUUUGUUUUUCUUUUUGCUUGUAUUAGCUGAACCACACAUUAAUAUUUUGUUUAUUUUCUUUUGGUUAUAAUAUUUUGUUUAAUUUCUUACGGUGGCCUAAUUUCUUACGGUGCCCUAGUUUUUUGCUUAUAUUAGUUUGUUAAUUGUCAUCCUAUACUAUGAUUCUAUCCAAUAAAUUUUAUUCUCAAUUAAAAAAAAAAACUCUUUACGGUGGCUUUAGAAUAAAAAUUCUAUUUUAUUUAAUCAUCCAAUGACUUUAUAUAUAUAAUCAUAUUAAUUCCAGAUUGAAUUAUCCAUAGUAUCGAUCAGCAUGUGAACUGGAGUAGUCCUUAUCAACUUCUGUUUCUUCUAUUUCCCGCUUGUACGCCCAAAAUGAAAAAAAAGAAAAAACAAGAACACGAAGGAGAGUGGGAAUACAAGGAAUUUAGGCGGGACGAUUGGCGCCUGAUAAGAGCCCCAAUCCCUCAAACCUCGCUAAUCGAUUAGAUUAAAAGGGCGUUCUGCUCUUCACUGACCAAGGAAGCAGCGGGAAGUAGAGGGUUUGCGGAAUCGACACGGCUGGGUUUUUAGGAAGCGGGUUCAUGUGCUUUUAGGCAUCGAAUUAAAAGACAAAAUCACCUACUUAGCAGGAUGAGUUACUUUAUUGAUAGUGGAGGUGACCACGAAGAAAACACUGGGUAUGACGACAAAAAUAUUGGGUAUGACGAUAGUGAGACACAAGAUAUCGGCGGUAUGUUUCAACAGCAAGCAAUGUCUCCCAACAAUGACAAUGGUUUAUCAGAGACCCCUACGAUAACAAAGAGGCCCAAACCAAAAAAAUUGGGCAUUGGAGGGACCAGAAAAAUUGUUGUGGAACCGCUUUGGGCUUCCUAAGGGUCCGCGGAAAAAGGUAGCAAGAUUUUCCAGAUAUUUGGGCAUUUUAGCAAAAGAUUGUUCAUUAUUUCCAAUUAGCGAACCUGAUUUUCGCAAGUUCAACAAAAGUGACAACUAUGAAAGGGCUUGGAAUCGCGUAAAGGAAACUCUUGACUUGACACACCCACGAGUUGCUUGUUUGGAAAGUAAAAUCAGGGAAAAGGUCAGGAGUAAGUUGAAUGAACGCUGGAAGCAUUGGAAGUCUGAGUUGAGCCAGAAAUGGUAUAAACCAUUCAAGAAUAGUCCCCUUAGGUUUCGCAAACCUGAUGAUGAUCGUGUUGAUGAGGACCAAUGGAAAGUGUUUGUUGCAAACAACGACAAGAAGAAGCAUCAGAGGAUGGUGACCAUCAACAAGAGGAACCGGUCUCAAAAGAGAAUGAAUCAGUCAACAGGGACACGAACCUAUGCUAGUGUGGCUCAUGAAUAUGAACUUCUACAUGGUAAAGAGCCAGAUAGAUGGGAGUUGUUCAAAUUAACACACCGAAAGGCAGGAACUCAAGAGCCAAUUGAUGCAGCAAGUGCAAAAGCAAUUGCGGAUUUUGAAGAAGCCGAACAAAAGAGGCUAAGCAUGAAUGUUGACAUCACUGCUCCAGAAAUCCGUGAAGAGAUGUAUGCUGAGGUUCUUGGUAAGGAGAAGGGAAACCGAGUAAGGGGUCUUGGAGCUGGGGUCACUUGGGAUGAAGUUCCUGGAAUUCAUGUGGAAGAGCGAGGUGUUUCAAAGGAAGUGCAACUCUUGCGAGAGCGAUUAGAAGCACAAACCAAAGAGGCACAAGAGAGGGAAGCACGUCUGAUGGAUGAAUUACAAAGGAAAAUGGCCGAACAAACAAAAAAAAUGGAAGAAAUGUUUGAAGUAAGGUGUGUAGGCAUGGCGGUCCAAAAAAUGGGAGAGUUGUUUAAACAGUGUGGAAUAUCGGUGGAUUCACAAGAAGAUAUGGAGCAAACAAUGUCUCAAUUUGCUCAGACCAUUUCUCAAAGGCCGUCAAAUGUGAUUUUUUCCCCAAAUGAUGAUGUUUACCGCCCCACAUUGCCAUUUGAAUGUUCUGAUAUGCAGACGGAUUGAAGACAUUGCUUGAAGAUUGUGGUCGCUCGUUCAACUCUAUCGAAAUUAGUUUGAUAUUACAAUAAAGAUUUUCGUAUUAGUAUUUCCAUUUUCUAGUCAUUUGAGAUUUCGGACUAAUUUUAACUCUUGUCUUUUGUUGGUUUAAAGUUUAAACUUUGUAGAUUUUAUUAUAAAUAUAUAUUUUUUAGAAUAUUAAUGUUUAUGCCUCA